AUGCAGAAGCUACUCUCUCUGCAGGAGCAGAAGGAGGACCUGCGCAAGCGGCUCAACUACACCACCCACAAGCUGGAGCUGCUGGAGACGGAGUUCGACUCCACGCGCCAGUACCUGGAGACGGAGCUGCGUCGAGCUCAGGAGGAGCUAGAGAAGUUUACAGACAAGCUCCGCAGGAUCCAGAGCAGCUAUGCAGCAUUACAGCGGAUCAACCAGGACCUGGAGGAUAAGGUCCGCCACACGAAUCAACACCAUGAGGAGGAGAAGAGGGCGCUCAGUCGCGAGAUCAUCGUCCUCAACAAUCACCUGAUGGAAGCCAAAAUCACCAUCGAGAAGCUCAGAGAAGAUAAUGAGCUCUACCGCAAGGACUGCAACCUGGCCGCUCAGCUCCUUCAAUGUGGAAAAUCCCAUUACCGAUCGCACAAGCUAUCAGAGCUCCCAGUCGACUUCCAGGAGCGCCUGAGUUCGCACAUGGAGAAACACGGUCGCGGGCGGACGGUGGCGCUGUGCCACUCCCCUUACUCAGACGCGGCGGUGCCCGCCUCGGUCAUCGGCAAGGUUCUGGAGAAGCCAGAGCCCGGAAGCAGCUGCCCAGUGACGCGGUCGCCGAGCCCGCAGCCACAGGACACAGACUUCUACGGAGGAGGGGAGCACCUUCACCGCCGCGCGGCGUACAAAACGUCGGACCUGUACUGCAGCGACACGGCGCUGUACUGCCCGACCACGGAGGAGCGUCGGCGCGAGCGCUGGCAGGAGCGGCGGCAGAGCGUGGACGCGCACGCCAACGAGCCCCCCGGCCUGCAGCAGCUGCUGCACACGCACAACUCCACCGACAGCAACCCCGACGAGGACGACGGCAGCCUGAGCGCCGGGGUGGGCGUCAGCGUGGGCGUGGGCAUGGGCGUGGGCAUGGGCGGCUUCCACCCGGGCUUCCACCACCACCACUCCUCCUCCGCCUCCUUCCACGACUUCGCCACGGCCGGCUCGCUGCCGGCGUCCAGCUCGUACUCCAGCUUCAGCGCCGCCUCGGACGAGAAGAUGGCCAGCGUGGGGCGCAGAGGGGGGGGCCUGGGCGGCACGCUGUCCUCCUCCCAGCAGGCGCUCUACCGCGACUGGCGGGAAGACGGGAGCCUGGACUACGAGCGCAAGAGCACGUCGUCGUACGAGAAGGACAGCCCGGGCUUCCCCAAGUCGCGCAGCUUCCAGCACGUGGCGCAGCACGGCGGCAGCCCGCAGAACGGAGGCCUCGGCAGCGGCCCGGCCUCGUCUGGCUACACGCGCACGCCGUCCUGCUUCAGCGAGCCGUACCACUCGCCGCACCUGCCGUCCCGCGGCGCCAGGGGUUCGUCGGGGGGCGCGCUCCACCGGGACGGGCGCGGGAGCGGCAACGUGGGGCCGGGCGUCCACGCGGACGAGGACGACCUGACCGGCCGCUGGCGCCAGCUGAGCGUGGACGAGCUCAACGCCUACUCGUACCGCAGCCCGGGCGGAGGGGGCGGCGGAGGGAGCGCGAGCGGGCGCGUCUCGCCCUACAGCUUCUCGGAGCGCCACUUCGCCAUGGGCCCCGCCAAGAUCAAGGUGGGGCCUCUCUACAGCAGCUUCCAGGAAGGGGACGACACCGUCUUCCACGGCCGCUUGCUGGACCCGUGCUUCUCUCACGCCGCCGCCGCCGCCGCUAGUCCGAGCCCGAGCCCCAAGCUGCCCCACCGCAGGCAGGAAAAGGGCGUCCUCUACAGGGCGUCGAAAGACGACAGCCAGGAGUCCGAGGGCAGCAUCUUCCACUCGGGCGGCUCCAAGGACAAAGGAGGAACCCCCAGGAGCGUGAAGAAAGAGUACGUGGACAUGAGUCUCAACAGCUCGGCCGAGUCUCUGCACCAAAGCCCCCACGAUGCCUCCGCCUCCUCCUCCUCCAACGUGCAGCAUUAUCAAAGGGAACCUCAUCCCCACCCACCCCCCUCUGGACCCCCCCAGCGGCAGACGCCUACACAGUACCAAAAAUUUGGCAGCACAGGACUCAGCCGAAAAGACAGUCUGACUAAAGCUCAGUUGUAUGGGACGCUGCUGAACUGACAGCAAAGGUGUUUCUGACGACGUGAACAUAGGAGUCUGUUGAGACUGCUUGGCUAAUUUUGGUUUGGUAACAGUUGAUGAUUUUUUCUUGGUUGUGGUUUGGUAUUAUUAAGGUUAACAAGGCUCACUACAGACUGCUCAUU